AUGCUGUCUAGAUGGUCUGAUGUUCACUUGGUCCAACGAGGGGAGAAAAUGUGGAUCGUGCUUCAUCUGCUGCUCCUGCUCCAAAGUGGAGCAUGUACAGGUGCUUACACCUUUUCCACUCUGAUUGUUGGACCGGGACAAAGUGUCUCUCUGACAUGUUCCUACGAGGAUACUGGAUAUAUAAAUAUUUUAUUUUGGAUCCGAUUGGUUUCUGCAAACGGCCCUGACAUUUUAGCUGCAAUGUCAUCUUACAGCUCUGCUGAACGUGGAACAUCAAAUACUGGACAUCGCAUCACAGCCAAAAAAGAGCAAGGAAAAUUUGUACUGCAAAUUAGUCAAGUAGAGAAAAGUGAUUCGGCGAUCUACUAUUGUUUAAAUGUACAACAAUAUACGAAUACCAUGAUGUUUUUGAAAGGAACAUUCCUUCAGGUAACAGAACCAGAACCCUCCGUGUCUGUUGUCUCUGAAGUCCAACCAGGACCGCCUGUGAAGUUGCAGUGCUCAGUCCUCUCCCACUCUGGGAAUGACAUCUGUCAGGAUGGACACAAAGUGUCCUGGUUCAGAACUGGACCAGAAAGUGUCCAUCCCAGCUUUGUUUACGCUGAUGACGAAUGCAAGAAGAUCAAAGAUAAGUCCACACAGAAAUGUGUCCACACUUUGUCAAAGAACGUCAACUCCUCUGAUGCUGGAACUUACUUGUGUGCUGUGGUCACAUGUGGGAGGAUUUUCAUGGGAACUUCCAUAAAAGUCAACAACACCCAAGAUGGUUGCAACUGGGAUUCAAACAAGUAUGUUAUCUUUGUCUUGAGUGCUGCUUUGGCCUUAAGUUUCAUCAUGUCAGCCUUCCUCAUCAACAUGAUCAGGACAAAACAAUGUUUUUGCUGCAAAGCUGGUCCACAAACACUCGAUGAAACGCUCAGUCACGUCCAGCAGAGAAACGAGGACUCUUUGGUUUAUUCCAUGCCGACCAUUGUCUCCAGGAAAACUGGCAAAGCGAGGCAGACAAAUACGAGGGCAGCAGAGCAAUUCAGCACGUACGCCGAUGUCUAUCUUUGUGACUCAGUUCUCACGAAACAAAAUUAAAAUGUGUUCUGAUACACAUUAUAUUACUAUUACACAUUCUUAUACUUUUUUCCUGUAAGAAAAUGAUAAUGGAGACACAAAGAAGAGGUGGGAAUAAAUAGGCUCUUUUUCUUCCGGCUCCUUUUCGGUCAUGUUGAUUUUAUGUGAGUUGAAGUGUGAUGUUUUUCAAUGUAACAUGUUUAAAGUAACUGAACUACUCCCAAUACUAAUAGAUUUCAAAGUAAAUUGAAGCAAGUAACAGCAAAUGUA